AUGAAUAAAGUAAUGAACAUUUCCAUGGCUUCUACUCUCACUCACACUCUCUCCCUCACUCCCUCCACUUCUCGUUCAUAUCUCUCCCAAACCAAACACUCUUUCCGAUAUCCAACUAUUAUUAACUUACCUUCUUUCAACAUUAACCACCGUGUCUUGUCCAAGUUCAAAGUCUCAGCUUCAUCUUCAUCUUCUUUUCAAGCUCUCAUAUUUGACUGCGACGGUGUCAUCUUGGAAUCCGAGCACUUACAUCGUGAAGCUUAUAACGAUGCUUUUCUUCACUUCAAUGUUCAUUCUCCCUCCAAUUCUCCUCAACCACUCAAUUGGGAUAUUCAGUUCUACGAUCAACUUCAGAACCAAAUCGGUGGUGGCAAACCCAAAAUGCGAUGGUACUUUAAGGAACAUGGGUGGCCUUCAUCAACGUUGUUUGAUAUUCCUCCCGCUAAUGAUGAGGAACGAGCCAAGUUAAUCGACACUCUUCAGGAUUGGAAGACAGAGAGAUACAAAGAUAUAAUCAAGUCUGGCUCCGUAAAACCUAGACCGGGAGUACUGAGAUUGAUGGACGAGGCCAAAGACGCCGGGAAACUGCUAGCUGUUUGCUCUGCAGCAACUAAAAGUUCGGUUAUUCUCUGUCUUGAAAACCUUAUCGGAAUCGAGCGCUUUCAAAGCCUUGAUUGCUUCCUUGCUGGUGAUGACGUGAAGGAAAAGAAGCCCGAUCCGUCCAUAUAUUUGACAGCUUCCAAGAAGCUUGGUGUAUCAGAGAAAAACUGCUUGGUGGUAGAGGAUAGUGUUAUUGGUUUACAGGCAGCAACAAAAGCAGGGAUGUCCUGUGUGGUUACCUACACAUCUUCCACGGCAGAUCAGGAUUUCAAAGAGGCCGUAGCAAUCUACCCUGACUUGAGUAACAUAAGCUUGAAAGAUUUGGAAUUACUAUUUCAAGAUAUUGUAGCUGCUAAGUAG